AUGAGGUUGAUUCUGGUUAAACCCGCCAACGCAACGCGACGCCUCGACUCAACAGGUGAAGUCUUCCCUAACGGGGAUCAUGAGCAUUGCACCUCGGGCGGUCCGCCACCUCCGACAAGAACCCCUGAGCACGAUCAGUACUCUGGAACCCCAGUCGAGGCAUCUUCAUCUCCACAGGAGACAAGUCUCUGCUGCGUAGCACCUUCACCCCAUGAAAAAUCAAAUGGAAUCCAUCAAGUUUCAGCUCAGAUGUCGCCACUGAAAACUCGGAACCUAACCUUAUCCCAGCUGAGUGAUCAGGAGUGGCUGCUGCUUUGUGGCCAGGUCAGCCGCGUAGGGGAUGACUCGCCCUCGGCAGAGAGAGGAGGGACCAGCGGGGGCCAUCCAAACCACAACGACAGAUGUGGAUGUUCCUGUCCUGACGCACACCAGCAUUCACAGACUUUUCAAGCGGCAUCAACACUUGGCACUGUGAAGGAUCGUCCCUCCAGAGUCACAAAUAAGAGAAGACUUUCACGCUCACCACAUACCCAGUCUUUCUCUCAGAGCAGCCUAGGUUCGACCUCAUGCCAGGUUUUACCACAGCAAACCAACCAUAGGGAUCUUUUCAAACCUGCAACAAACCAACCACAUGAUAAUUCCAUGCCUCAGUGCAGUGACCAUGACGGUCAGAAGGAGCUUUCGCAGCGGCAGCAUCCUUGCAAUCAUUUCAAACUCAAGGACAGCAGCCAAGCAACCUGCCCCAAUUUGUUCAACAUUCCUCUAAACUCAGUUGAGUGUGCUGAGACAAAUCAGAUUCUUCACCAGCGGCCUCAGCCAGGCGUCACUGCAGACCUCAACUGGAGAGAGAUUUUUGGUAAAGAACCACUGUUGGUUCAACAGCGUCAAAAUCGAGACUCUCGUGGCUCCAUGACUGGUGAUCAGGCCUGUAAAUCACCUGGGGAUCCUUCAAUCAUUCUUAAGUGUCGUCAUCUCCCUUACAACCUCCUGACCAGUACUUCACGCAUGAAGAGGUCAUCCACUCCAGACAAAAGUGUUCAGUCCUUCUCCAUCAGCCAGUACAGCUCACUUGAGAACCAGGAUCUAGUCGAGGAGAGAACUAAACAGGGACAAAGUCAGGUACAUACAUCCUCUGAACUCGAUGGGUCCAAAGUCUCCCUCCCUAAACAUUCUCCCCGAGCAGCAGACAACUUAGAAACCAGUGGCUCAGUUAACGGGGAUGCAGUGCGACCACUGAGCAGCUACAGCGCUCUGAGAUCCAGUCUUGCAGAUCUUCACUCGGGCCAACAGCCUCUCCCGCUUCCUAAUAGUGCCGUCCUCGAGGAUGCGUUCUCCAAAGUCCUCAGAGAAGAGUCCAGUAAGGCCAACAGCGACAACCUGAGCAGGGAGGAGGGCAGCGCCCCACAGAAGAGAACCAAGGACCUGAGCUACCGGCUGGGCCAAAGGAGAGCUCUCUUUGGGAAGCGUAAACAACUGAGUGACUACGCGUUGGUCUUUGGGAUGUUGGGCAUUAUCAUCAUGGUGAUUGAGACAGAGCUUUCCAGGGGAUUUUACAGCAAGGAGUCCAUAUACUCAUAUGUCAUGAAAGGUCUAAUCAGCCUUUCUACUGCUAUUCUCCUUGGACUCAUUGGGAUGUACCACGCGAGGGAAAUCCAGCUCUUCAUGGUGGACAAUGGAGCAGACGAUUGGAGGAUAGCUAUCACCUUUGAGCGUGUGCUCAUUGUCACGUUGGAGCUUCUGGUCUGUGCCAUCCAUCCAAUCCCUGGUCGGUACGUGUUCAACUGGACGGCUCGACUGGCCGUCAGUUACACGGCAUCAGUGGCCGACGCUGAUGUGGACAUCUUCCUCUCCGUGCCCAUGUUCCUGCGCCUCUACCUGAUAGGCCGGGUCAUGCUGCUCCACAGCAAACUGUUCACGGACGCCACCUCCCGCAGCAUCGGGGCCCUCAACAAGAUCAGCUUCGACACUCGUUUUGUGAUGAAGACCCUGAUGACCAUUUGCCCCGGGACAGUCCUUCUGGUGUUCAGUGUGACCUGUUGGAUCAUUGCAGCGUGGACCGUGCGGCUGUGUGAGAGGUAUCAUGAUGCACAGGAGGUAACUAGUACCUUUCUUGGAGCAAUGUGGCUGAUCUCCAUCACCUUCCUAUCCAUCGGCUACGGAGACAUGGUCCCUCACACCUACUGUGGAAAAGGUGUUUGCCUAUUAACAGGAAUUAUGGGAGCGGGCUGUACUGCUUUAGUUGUUGCUGUUGUUGCAAGGAAGUCCGAACUCACCAGAGCCGAAAAGCACGUCCAUAAUUUCAUGAUGGACACUCAACUCUACAAAAAGAUAAAAAACACAGCAGCCAACGUGUUGAGGGAGACGUGGCUCAUCUACAAAAACACUAAGCUGGUGAAGAAGAUCGAUCACGCCAGAGUACGCCACCAUCAGCGUAAAUUCCUGCAAGCCAUCCACCAACUGCGAAGAGUCAAAAUGGAGCAAAGGAAAUUAACUGACCAGGCCAACACAGUCGCUGACCUUGCCAAGACUCAGAACAUGAUGUAUGAUCUGGUGUCGGAGCUGCAGCAUCGGAGCGAGGAGCUGGACGGGAGGAUCGUAGCUCUGGAGGCGAAACUCGACUCCAUCCUCCUCAGCGUGCAGUCGCUGCCGAUCGUGCUUUCUCAAGCAAUAACAAAGCUACAGAGGGACUUCCUGGACAACUUGGCUUGUCGUGUCCACUUCCUGUCGUCCUCCCUGAGCUCUGAGUGCUGUACCGUCCCUGCCAGGGAGCUCUGUCCGGGAUCCACCCCUCCAGAGACACCGUACAACCAGUAG